CAAGAAGACGGGGUUAGCUUCGCGCGCGAGGCUUUCUGGUCCCUGCUGCGGCCCGUAGGCGACCUCUGCCCCGGAAGCAGAGAGGGAGGCGCUCGGCUCAGCUGGGGCAUUUAAACGGCACCGAGCGGCGCGGUGGGGGAGCGGCCCGGCCGGAAACAAAGUGACAAGAGAUAUGUCCUUGUUGUUGAAGUAUCUAAACAAUUCAGUAAGGAUGCAGUUAUUUUUGGAGAGACUGACAUGGACAUGAUCAAAUUUUACUUCUGAUGCAUCUAAUUUGGUACAUCUGAUACGUCCGUCGGUUGCUGCCCUAAUUUGCCAAGAUUUGUCAGAGGCAAGAAAGAGAGGAUUAAAGGAAUCAUUCAGAAUUGGAAUGUAAUCAUUUGGCCCAAGUCUCUAUUUUGGAUGGAUUAUAGCCAGAUGUGGUCUGCAGACUAUAGUUUGAUCGCUCCUGGAUUACUGAUAGUAAUUUAAUAUAUUGUAGCUUCUGAUAUGGUAAUACUACAGUAAAAUCUGAACUAUUCAUCACCUUGGAAUUUUUUAAAGAUCAAGAAAUCCUCGUUCAAUAAACUUUUUCACAUCUUUGCUAAUGUAAUCAGUUCUUUGAUCUUUUGUUUUGAGACAAUAACCCUUUUCCCCCCUGUAUUUGUUUACAACACGUUAAAGUCUGGGCAUAUUACUGGAAUAUGGAUCAGCUGGGAUUUGUGAAAGGUGCUUCUUCCCAAAUUACCAAAGAUGGAUUAAGCAAGCCUGUUCUGCCCCAGAAGAAUGCUUAUGCCAGGCUUGUGCAAAAGCACCACAGCGGUAGAUUCCGAUCCUAUUUAAAUCACAUUGCACAGAAGAUACAGCUAGAAGAGAGCAGCCUCAAUGACUCCAAUUCAGAUGUAGAACCCUCUGUGAAGAGAGGUAUGAUGAGAGAAGCUCUGGCAAGAAAUGGCUUGAAUGCACAUAGCUAUUCACCAGUCCAAACAUCUCAGUUGGAACAGCCUACGCUUGUAGGAUUUGAGAAACUGAAUGAAGAUAAAAGCCAAGUCUUUGUUAACAGACAGCCUCAUGAAAGAAAUCCCAGCAUUGGUCAAGAAGGAAACCGUGAAGUAGAGGAAGAUUGUUACAUAGAACAGCCUGGACCGGCAACUGAUUUGUUAAAAGUGAGUGAUGCCUUGGGUGGGAGAGUAACAUUGAACAGUCUGAGGCAAGGCACUUCUCUGCAGAAAUCUUCUGGGUCUGAAGAAAAGGACGAAGAGGAGGUGUGGAAGAACAAACAUAAGAAAAGGAACAAGUGUCCUGCCAACCGGGACAGAGCAGAUGAACACUUGACUGCUGAGCAGUUUAGUAUGGAUUUGCCUGCAGCAAAUGCCAGGAAAACCAGUCACUUGUCUUCUGGUCAAAUUCAAGGUGGAGACAAGAGAAGCUUUGCAAGAACCAGAAACAACUCAGAAUCAACCAGAGCUCCCCAGAAUUUUGAUAGGAAGAGGCAACUCUCCGAAUCACAGGCUGAAACAAUGAACAAUUCAGACUGCAGAAUAAACCCUAGAAAACUGGGAACACCCAGAGGAGAGUCCCAUGCUGCUGUCUCAACAUCAUGCGAUAGAAAGAAUUGGAAUAAGCCCACCAGAGGGAGGAAGAAGAAUGUAUUUGAAGCCUACAUGUCAAAGGAAGAUGUUGCAGCAGGAUUGAAAAGGGGAGAGCUUAUCCAGGGACCCUUGAGAAUAAAUCCUAAGAAAUACCAUGAAGCCUUCAUUCCAUCUCCAGAUGGGAUUCGUGAUAUCUUUAUUGAUGGAGUGGUUGCUCGCAACAGAGCCCUAAAUGGUGACAUUGUGGUGGUGAAACUGUUUCCCAAGGAGCAAUGGAAGGUAAUAAAGCCAGAUGGCAGUGACAAAGAAACAGAAGCGACACAUGAAUCAGAUGUCCCUGAGGAGCUGUUGGGGACUUGCCUUCCUCGAGAGCCAGUGAAAGGAAAUGCUGAUAGUCCGGAUGUCAUUAUAGAGGCUCAGUUUGAUGAUAAUGAUGCAGAGGAUGGACAAGAGAACUCACAGAAUGUGCUGGCUGAUGACAUUAAGAAACUUUCUAUGGAUACCAAUGAAAAGGAGCUAUAUCAUCAGCAAAAUCUAAAUCUCCUAGUGUUAAGCUGUGAUGGCAGAGUGAAGGACGCAGAGAGGGGUUGUGCACUAGGUGCAAAGCAAGAAGAUGUCUCCAAGGUGAACAAUCCAAGGCUUCUUCCGGAGAAGUUUCUUCAGAGGACAGCAAAGGUGGUCUGUAUCUUAGAGAAGAAGCAUUCCAGAGCAGCUACAGGCUUCAUCAAACUGCUGGCGGACAAGAGCAGUGAACUCUUCAAGAAGUGUGUCAUGUUCUCACCUGUGGACCACCGAGUGCCUAGAGCCUAUGUGUCUUUGGCAGACUGCCCUCCGGACUUUGUAAACAGGCCUGAGGACUACUCCAGUACACUCUUCAUCUGUCGUAUUGUGGAUUGGAGGGAAGACAGCAACUUUGCAAUAGGGCAAAUGGCCAAAAGUCUUGGGCAGGCUGGUGAGAUUGAGCCUGAAACAGAAGGGAUCCUGACGGAGUACGGUGUGGAUUUCUCUGACUUCUCCCAAGACGUUCUGGAAUGCCUUCCCCAGAGCCUGCCCUGGGCCAUCCCACCCUCAGAGUUGGCCAACAGAAGAGAUUUAAGGAAAGAAUGCAUCUUCACCAUUGAUCCAUCAACUGCCAGGGACCUUGAUGAUGCUUUGUCCUGCAAACAACUUCCUGAUGGAAACGUUGAAGUGGGUGUUCAUAUCGCAGAUGUGAGUUACUUUGUUCUGGAAGGAACGGCGCUGGAUCAAGUGGCCAGUGGAAGGGCAACUAGUGUGUAUCUAGUGCAGAAGGUGAUCCCUAUGCUUCCCAGGCUGCUUUGCGAGGAGUUGUGCAGUCUCAAUCCUAUGAAAGACAGACUGACGUUUUCUGUAAUGUGGAAAAUGACUCCAGAAGGCAAGAUCCUUGAUGAAUGGUUUGGGCGAACCGUUAUCUGUUCCUGCGUGAAGCUGAGCUAUGACCAUGCACAGAGUAUGAUUGAAAACCCAAACAAGGUUUUUGCGUCAGAAGAACUGCCUCCAGUCUCUCCUCAGCACCCAGUCGAUGAAAUUCACCAAGCUGUCCUGAACCUCCACCAAAUCGCCAAGCAUCUGCGCAAACAGCGCUUCAUUGAUGGUGCUCUUCGUUUAGACCAGCUGAAGCUCUCGUUUACAUUGGACAAGGAAAGCGGGAUGCCUCAAGGCUGUUAUAUCUAUCAGUAUCGGGACAGCAACAAGCUGGUGGAAGAAUUUAUGUUGCUGGCGAAUAUGGCUGUCGCCCAUCAGAUCUACCGCUCCUUCCCCCAACAGGCCCUGCUGCGCCGUCACCCCCCACCCCAGACCAAGAUGCUGAACGACCUCAUGGAGUUCUGCGACCAGCUGGGACUGGAGAUAGAUUUCAGCAGCGCAGGGGCCCUGCACAAAAGUCUGAACGAAAUGUUUGGUGCAGACAGCUAUGCAGAGGCCAGGAAAGAAGUGCUGACCACCAUGUUCUCCAGGCCAAUGCAGAUGGCUCUUUACUUCUGCGCUGGCGUCCUGGAAGAUGAGACCCUCUUCCGCCACUAUGCCCUAAACGUGCCGCUCUACACCCACUUCACCUCGCCCAUCCGCCGCUUUGCCGACAUCCUUGUGCACCGGCUCCUCUCCGCCUCCCUCGGCAUGGGACGCCCAGUCCGGAUGAGAAAGGAGGCCAUCCAGAAGCAAUCAGAUCACUGCAAUGACCGGAAAAUGGCUUCCAAGAGGGUGCAGGAGCUCAGUGCCGACCUGUUCUUUGCCAUCUUCGUCAGGGAGUGUGGCCCGCUGGAGUCAGAGGCAAUGGUGAUGGGCGUCUUGAACAAGGCCUUCGAUGUCCUGGUGCUGAGUUUCGGAGUUCAGAAACGCAUCUAUUGUAACGCUCUGCCACUGACGGGAUUCCGCUUUGAGAACGUGGGGAAGAAGCCUGAACUAACUCUCCUGUGGGAGCCGGAGCCCCCAGAGCAGGAAGCUGCCCCCCAGGUAAUCACCAUCUUCACCUUGGUGGAGGUCGUCCUGACAUCUGACAGCGGCCCCCUGAAGUACAGCGCCAUGCUCAAGAGACCAGGCCGGGAGAAGUGAGCGCCACGGGCUCCAUCACCUGCCUGUCGUGACUGCUGUCCCACCAUGCCGCCAGACUCCUUUGGACCACCCAGAAUUCGCACUGCUCUACCCUAGCUCCGCGGGGGUGGGGAGGGAACUUUUUAAAUGAAUUCCGUUUUACUUCCGGUUUGGAUUUUAACCUGGGGGGUGGGGGGAGCUCGGGUCUUUCCUGGCUGAGAUCGUUGAAGCUGCAGGAACAUUAAUGCUGUUUCUAAAACAUUUUUUAGCGUUGGUUUUUUUUUUUAGUUGUUUUUUUUUAAUGCUGCUGACCGCCGCACCCCCGCCACCCGAGCCGUCCUCUCGGAGAGGGUGCUGCUGUCCCUGGUGCUUUGGGCCAUUCUGGACGUGGGAGAACCAGGGGGCCACCAACAGGUUUCUUGCUGAAUUCUGCAUCCCGUAAUAAAGAUCUGGUCGGCGAUGGAA